AUGGAGGCGGACGGGAGCCAGGCUACCUCGGGGAGCCCCGGCGAGGCGCAGCACGACCCCGGCAAGAUGUUCAUCGGCGGCCUCAGCUGGCAAACCUCACCAGACAGCCUUAGAGACUAUUUUAGCAAAUUCGGAGAAAUUAGAGAGUGUAUGGUCAUGCGGGACCCCACCACCAAGCGCUCCAGAGGCUUCGGGUUCGUUACGUUCGCGGAUCCGGCGAGUGUAGACAAAGUCCUGGCUCAGCCCCACCACGAGCUGGACUCCAAGACGAUUGACCCUAAAGUUGCAUUUCCCCGACGAGCACAGCCUAAGAUGGUCACAAGAACAAAGAAAAUAUUUGUAGGUGGAUUAUCGGCUAAUACAGUAGUGGAAGACGUAAAGCAAUACUUUGAACAGUUUGGCAAGGUAGAGGACGCCAUGCUUAUGUUUGACAAGACGACCAACAGGCAUAGAGGAUUUGGCUUUGUAACUUUUGAAAAUGAAGACGUGGUGGAAAAAGUCUGUGAAAUUCAUUUCCACGAAAUCAAUAAUAAAAUGGUAGAAUGUAAGAAAGCACAACCUAAAGAAGUGAUGUUUCCACCAGGGACGAGAGGAAGGGCACGUGGAUUACCGUAUACCAUGGACGCUUUUAUGCUAGGGAUGGGAAUGUUGGGUUACCCGAAUUUUGUUGCAACGUAUGGCCGAGGAUAUCCUGGAUUUGCCCCAAGUUACAGCUAUCAGUUCCCAGACUAUUUGCCGAUUUCACAAGACAUAAUUUUUAUCAACUAGUUCUUAAAGAUGCAUAACAAAUUAAUCGGGGUUUACUACAGUGCUAAUGAGAGAGAGAGAGAGACAGAAAAAGCCUGGGUGGUCCAUGUUUAAUAUCAAUGUCCACUGAAAAAUUGCUGCUCUUACUGACUGGUUUGAUUGACUGGACUUUUUAUUUUAUUUUUAUUUUUUUAAAGGCUCCAUAUCCUCACUGCUUUGAGUUUGCUUUUUAUUUUUUUAUUUUUUUUAUUUUUUUUUUUCCUCUGCUUUGUUAUGAGUUUUUAAUGCCCUUGGAAUGUAACUCACAAGGAUUGGGGUUAGGGGCGUUAUGAAGGCAUGACUUCUCACAAACUUUUUAGAAAUAAUUUUGUCAAGGAAGCAAAAAUGAUGAUUGGGUCUCACAAGCAGCCCCAAAGAGAGAUGUUGGCGCUUUUCAACACAGAGACGUUCAGCAGGAGCACAAAUCAUAAUGAGGGUGGAGUGAGACUAGCAUCUCCUGUCACUAGGAUCAUGAGCAAUGCAGGGUUUAAUUAUGCAAAACGAGUGCCCUGCAUCCGCAAGCGUGACCCUGUGGCACUGGCGGCUGCGGGCGUAGCAGACCCACGCAUAUUUUCUCCUGUUCCGUUCCCGUUGGGUUGGUGGCUCUUCCUGGAGCUGCCGUAAUCGUGCAAGGGCCGUGGCUAGAAGCCACCAAAAAAAGGGCUGAGACAGUUACUGCACCUCCGGCAGCGAUCCCUGCCCCAGCUCCGAGCCACUAACCACCCCCUCGUCUUGCAGCCAGCGAUGCUCUCGCAUACUCCGUGCAGUCGCUUCUACUUCCAGACUUUGCUUGCAAAUCAUGGGCAAAUUACUUAAAUUUUGGCAAGAGGGACGAGCUUUCCCCUGCUAGCUUAAGCUGUAUCGCGCCUCUUAAUCUCCACCCAAAUCGCAAAGCUACGUGAUAAUGCCUCCAUCCAUUGGCUUUAUUUUUAACAAGACCAGAUUCUGGACUUCUGGGUAGAAAACACGCAUCGUAUUUAAAUUCUGUUUUUCUUUAAGUGUUUCUACCCAUUUUAUAAGUU